AUGUCUCAGUCGCCAGCAGAAAGAGCGAUAGAGGAGGAUGACAAGACUGAAGCGCCACUGACCAUGGCAGCAUCCGUUGUUCUAACUAACCUACCCCGUGAUGCAUCGAAGGCCCUUGAGACUGCGGGAAACCUGAGCAUAGGAAAGAUCACCGUACGCCUUCAGCCAGUGGGGUCAGCACCACACUUGAACCAACGUGUCUUCAAACUGUCAACCAACCAGCGCUUCGAGACUAUUGUCCGGUUCCUACGGAAACGACUAGGCGUGAAGGAGCAUGAAAGCGUGUUCUGUUACGUCGGCAAUGUCUUUUCGCCAGCGCUAGAUGAAGGUGUGGGGAAUCUCUGGACGUGUUUCAAACAGAACGAGGAGCUCGUUGUAGGUUAUGCAAUGUCUCCAGCUUUUGGAUGA